AUGGGUGUCCAUGGACUUCUGCCCGAUUCCCAUCUCCCCGUGCUCCUUGGAAACAAGGAACAAACUGUAGCAUCGGACAGUGAAGGCUCCCACUUGUGGGAACCAUCGUGCACCAUGCCGUGCUCUCUGGACCACGAAAAGCCGGGAAGAAAAAGAGUAGACGGAAACGAAGACGAUAAAAUCGAGCAUCCAUCCUUCGGAACCGUCUCAACGUCUUUCUCGGCGGCCUUCAUUUUGCAUUUAAUCCUGGAACUACCCUCGCGUAUUUCGUAG